AUGCUCGGAGGGAUUUUUAGUGGAAGCGGUUCGAAAAAAGAAAAUGACAAUAAAGUACAGGACAAAAAGCCAUUUCUAAUCAAAAAGACUGGUGGAAUAACUCCAGAAGAGAGUGCUAGUCUUUGGUCGAAAUUUACUUUUUCUUGGUUUACUCCAAUAAUUGAUUCUGCAUGCGACCACAUUUUAUCUUUAGACGAGUAUUACCAUUUACCAGAGCACGACAAUCCAAGUUAUUCACUUAAUAAGUUUGAGAAUAAAUGGAAAGUUGAGUGUGAGACAUUUGGAAAAACUAAGGGUUUUCGAAAUGAUAAUAGUGAGAAGCCAAAUAUUUAUGGUUCUUUUAAAAGAAACAAGUUCAAACUUCCUUCACUGGCUAGGGUUUUACUCCAAUGUUAUAGUAAGCAAAUCUUUAUUAUACUUAUUUUGGUUAUACUUUCAAAUAUUUGCAACAUGACUCAAAUUGUUAUACUAAGAAAACUAUUAGAAUGUAUUCAAUCCUCUGAGACUAUUCCCAGAGUAGAUACUUCUACAGAAUCAAUAAUCCCUUGGUGGGCACUUAUUUUAGGGAUUGUUCCCCAGAGGUUUAAUUCGAGUAUUGCUUACAAAGGAUUUGCUUACAUAUUUGCUAUGACCAUUCUUAUUAUUGCUUAUGCAUUUUUAAGGCAACAAGAGACCAGAAUGGUUACACAAUUAGGAAGACGAAUUCGUUCCCUGAUUACAGGAGUUGUAUACCGGAAGUUAUUGAAUUUGGAUUCGAAUAUAUUUUCAGAAAGCUCUCAAUCAAACUUUGAACUCGGUUCUAGAGUCAGUAAGGCCAGACUUUCUGUAGUUUCAGAGAUGUCUUAUGAAGGAGCUGUUGAAUCUUUUGGGAUGUCUGGAAACGUCGUCAAUCUUCUAAGCAAUGAUGUCUCUAGGUUUGGAAGACUUUACAUAUGCCAUGAGUUUUACUAUGGUGUUUGUUCGAUUACCAUUGCAACUAUAUUGCUUUAUGCCAAUAUUGGAAUUUCAGGAAUUGUUGGGAUCUUGGUUAUGUUUGCCCAUGCUGCCUGGAGUAUUAACUUCCUCAAUGCCAGAGCCUUUGUAAGAAAGUCAUUUUCAGAAAUCAGAGAUCGUCGUAUUCUUUUGACAUCCGAGUACCUUAACUUCAUUAAGAUUAUUAAAUCUUACUCUUGGGAAAGGUAUUUCAUUAAUAAUAUUGAUUCACAAAGAAAGAAUGAGUUAUCAAGCUUACUUGCCCAAGCCGUAUAUUGGGGACUUGCAACAGCCUGUCAUGCUGUAGUCUUCCAUGCAGUUCUUUUUACCGUUUUGAUAAGGAGGUAUUUGGGAGAGGUGGUAGAUCCUGCCAACAUAUUUUUUGCAUACGUAAUAUACGAUGCUGUGAGUGAAUUCAUUGCUUCAUUCCCCAAGUCUUAUGCUCUUUUCAGGGACAUAAUCCUAUCAUGUGAGAGAGUCAGUGAAUUUUUGGUUAUUGAGGAUAGGGACAAUAAUAUAAAUCAGAUUAUAGGUGGCAGUCAUUGCUCCACCAUUCAACCAGUUUCACCAAUUCAGAACCAAGACCCUCUUGAACUACAACCUGGAAAUGUUAGGUAUGAAGGGGUUGAGCUUAGAUGGCCAAAUGGAUCAGUUCUACUUAAAGAUCUUUCUUUUGAAGUAAGACCUGGGGAAAUGAUGGCAAUUUUAGGCCCAGUUGGUAGUGGGAAAAGUGGUCUUCUCUUAUCUAUAAUUAAUGAGCUCCAACAUAGCAAGGGACUUAGAAGAAUAGACGGAAAGGUGGCUUACAUCCCUCAAUUGGCCUGGGCAAUUACAGGUACUAUCAGAGAAAAUAUUCUCUUUGGAGCCCCUUUUGACCCAAAGUGGUAUGCUCAAGUUGUUAAUGCUUGUUGUCUGACUGCAGAUUUUAAGACAUUUCCAAAAGGUGACCAAACAAUGAUUGGUGGAAGUUCUAAUAAUCUUUCUGGUGGCCAAAGACAGAGAAUCAGUUUAGCUAGAGCCGUUUACCAAAGGUCUCAGAUAUACGCUCUAGACGAUUGUCUAAGUGCAGUAGACAGUAAUGUCUCAGCAAAAAUCUUCAAAAACUGCAUACUUGGGCUACUUAGAGAUAAAUGUGUUAUUUUGGCCACUCACCUUGCAGAAUUGGUUAUUCAUGUUGACAAAGUUCUCCUUCUUGAUGAAAUCAACAAGAGGCCGUUGUAUAUUGGUGACCCUUGUGGAUUAUUGAAGUUCCCUCACUAUGAGAAUUUGUUUAGCAUGAACCCAACUUCGUCUAAUAAUAAUAACCAAAAUAAUAGGAGACCUUUAUUGAACAACAACUCUGGAGAGACUUUGAUGGAUGCUAGUACUAUAAGAAGUGAGUCAACUCCAAGCUACAUUUCUGAUGAUAUUGCUGUAACAGACGAAGAAAUUGAGAGUUUAAGGCUGAGAAAGUAUGAAGAUGAUGAAGAAGAGGAAGAAGGAGUGGUGUCUUUAGAGACUUAUAUGAAGUAUAUCCUUUCUUAUAAAAAGUCCAAUAUAAUUAUUCUGAUUAUACUUGUGUCCUUAUUGGUUGCAUUCUACGUACUCACUACCUUCUUUAUUGGAAUUUGGGUUGAGAACUUUAAUGCAAAAGAUUGGAAGACUUACUUUUAUAUAUACUUGGCAGCCUGUAUAUUACUCCCGAUUUGUUGUAUUUUCACUACAAUAUACUUUCGAAUAGGAGGUUUUGAAGUUUCUAAGAUUUACCACAACAAACUACUUUCUCAUAUUGAGCAUGCUCCUUUAUCAUUCUUUCAGAAUACCCCUAUUGGUAGAAUAUUAAACAGGUUCACUUCAGAUCUGGUUCACAUAGACGAGCUUCUUCCAACCAGUUUUAAUAACUCGUCUGUAACAGUUUUGAUGUCAUUAACUAUGUUGGUAUCCAUUGGAAUAGUAACUCCACAGUUUAUUGCCUUCAUUCCACCAAUAUUUUAUGCUUUUUACUAUGUGGCAAGGAAAUACCCUCCUAUUCUCCGUCAAAGCGAAAGAAGGUCAGCAGCUCUGACUGCUCCAAUAACGUCUCAAUUAAUGGAAACUAUGUCAGGUUUAGCAACAAUCCAUACAUUCGAAGCUGAGAAUAUGCUUAUCAAGAAAAUGGAAGAUGCUAUAAUUGCUUUAAACAAUAUCAGGUAUCACCUGGAUAUUGCUUAUAUCUGGCUUUACCUACGCCUUGAAGUAAUUGGUUGCAUGACUUUGGUUAUAACUGGGGUUUUUAGUGUGCUUCUUUCGGCCUGUAAUAUGUCAAAUUCGGGUAUACUUGGCACUAUUCUCUCUUUUGCAGUAGCUAUGCCUGGCUGGCUAAGAUACAGCAUAUUUACUCUUGGUGAACUUGAGGCAGAUAUGGUCGGAUUUGAAAGAAUUAGAACUUAUACAGACUCAGAAAUGUACCAGAUAGUUACCUUAGAUAAUGAAGAAAACAAUAUUGAAGUAUCAAAGGAUUGGCCAUCUCAAGGAAAAAUUGAAUUCAGGAACGUAGAUGUGACAUUUUAUCCUAAUUCCAACCCAUCAUUAUGUAACAUUUGCCUACAAAUUUCCCCAGGAGAGAGAAUUGGGAUAGUUGGAAGAACGGGAGCCGGAAAAAGUAGCCUGUUUUCCACUUUACUCCGUCUUUUCGAUCCCUCUUUCGGGACAAUCUUGAUCGAUGAUGUAGAAACUUUGAAGGUAUCACCUUUAAAGCUCAGGAGUUCUAUUUCCAUAGUCCCCCAAGAGCCAGUUAUAUUUACUGGUACUGUCAGGUUCAACCUAGAUCCAAAAGGAAGCUACUCAGAUAAAGAACUUUACCAAGUCCUUAAAAGGGCUCAUAUCUUUGAAUAUGUUAACAAUUUACCAGGGAAGUUAGACUACCAAUUAGAAGGAGGCGGAUCUCAGCUUAGUGUUGGUAUUAAGCAGCUGUUUUGCCUAACUAGGGCAAUUCUAAGGAAGUCCAAGAUUCUACUUUUAGACGAAGCAACUUCUUUUGUUGACAUUCAGACUGAUUCUUUAAUUCAGGAAACAAUCAGAUCCGAGUUUAAGGGAUGUACAAUUUUAACUAUAGCUCACAGGAUUAAAACAAUCAUAAACUAUGACAAAAUCCUUGUUCUUGAUUCAGGUAGAGUAUUUGAAUUUGACACUCCGCAAAACCUCCUUAGAAACCCUAAGAGCGUUUUUAGUUCGCUUGCAUCCUCAGUCUUUGUUUAA